CCAAAGAUUAUGCUGGGGCCCCCUCUCAUAUAAUUGUCAUCGCAAUAACACCUGUGUACACGAUCGUUGAAGAAGAGUAAAUUAAAACUAUACAAACUGUCUUAACGUAUCGUAUUAUGAUUAAUUACGUAUUUAAACCACGAUUCUCAUUUGUCAUCCAAUACUCGCGGCACUCGCGCGUAUAUUUAUACUAUUUAUAGUACGGAGUGAUAGUGAGGAGGGAGAAAGUGUAGGGUUCGUAAAUUCUGUCAUCCGUAGACGUGAACUUGGUACUCGUGUGUGCGUGCCGCUUUCAACGAUCUCUCGUAUCACCUUCGUACCUGCAAUCACAAACUGCUUUAGUCUACCUUACGCGUCGCACAAUCGCUGGAUCGUUCUCGUCGCGCGACGUGACGCGACGUCCGCUUUCCCUAGAGCGAAAAUGAGAGAGAGAGAGAGAGAGAGAGACCCAGCUGUCUCGGAUAGCGAAAUACAACGUCACGGCCAUCACGGGCCAUCACGAGCCAUUACGGCCCUGCGAGCGAGCAAAGAGCUUGGAAGGGCUGCUCCAAGGGCUUCAAGGGCGCUGGCGAUUUGAAUCGCGGCACUGGCGGCGCGCAGCGCGGCGUCACGACGCUCAAUAACGCCUGCGCGCCGUCGUCGUCGGGGAGGGAGGGCGAUCGCGGCACUCGGUGUGCAACGGCUCGGAGGGCGACGACGACGGCGACGGCGACGGUGCACCCUGAGGGGCGCCAGUGCGGGUUCAAGGGGCGGUGAGGGCGGUGGAUGCCUCUCCCGGAGCGUUAAAACUACCCUCUUGACAACAGCCGCCCGCGACCAACCAUUCUCACCCUCGGCGGCGACGGCGGCGGCGGCGGCGGCGGCGGCGGCGGCGGCGGCGGCGGCGGCGGUGGCGGUGGUGGUGGUGGAGGCGGCGGCGGCGGCGGCGGCGGCGACAGCGGUGGCGGUGGUCAGGCUCCGCUUCGCAACACCGUCGCGGCGGCGGUCCCCACCGAAAUCUCGCGCGCGCGAUCAAUCGGAGCAGUGGUGCGAAUCAAUCAACCGAUCCCGGGUGCGAGACGUCGCCGUCGCUCUCCUCGCGCGGAGAGACGGAUCCUCCUGCACACGGCGCGGGCGGCGUGCUCGGACGUAAACGACAGGCUGCCGCUCGUCGUUCAGUUUCAGCAUGGAGUGUCCCGAAGCGGUAGAACGAGGUCGGAAUUUUCGUCUACUCGCUGAAGAGGAAUUAUCUAAGCUCUUGGAUUUUCUUACGGAGUAUUUGCCUGAAUCGUUAAAGUUUCAACAAACCGUAUUAACUUACAUGCGAGAUAGAGUCUGGGAAUUUCAUUUUUACGUGGCUAAUGAUUGGCCCGAGGACGCAAUCUGCUUACAUUUCCCUGGAAUGACAUUAUCUCCACACGGUUUGGUGUACGAGAGCGUCGGUGUCUUCUGUCCCAACGAUCGACUAGCACUGCUUCGCCUUCUCCGAGAGGAGGACAUUCUAAUAGACUGGUCGAGACCUUUGUACAUUAAUUUCGUUCACCACAAUAUUGCCGAGGAGUUGACGCGUCUUUACGAAGGUACCGGCACCAUCGAGACAGUGGUAGGCGAUGUCUGCGCGUGCGAGUACUUUGAGCUGGAAGAGAAGAGCCAAGAGCCGGAGGGGGAAACCGACUCCGACGUCCAGGUGCGACCUCUCAAGGCUGAGCAUGCCGAGGGGAUCCACGAAUUGUAUCCAGCAAAUGAUAUGGAGUGUCACGAAGUUUUCCUUCGACUUAUCAAGACACUACCCGCGGCGGGAGUGUUCGCGAAGGGUAGCUUGGCUGCAUGGAUGGUCCAAUCCUAUUACGGAGCUAUGUUCUCCAUGCAGACCAAACCGGAAUAUCGUAGGAAGGGUUACGGGACAAAGUUAGCAAGGUACCUGACAAAACGCGUAGCCGAGAAAGGAUAUUAUCCAUUUGUAGUUAUACGUCCAGAAAAUGAAGCUAGCCAAAGCUUAUACAAAAAGCUGGGGUUUAGAAGGCUUUACCAGCUCGUUCGAAUGAUCUUUAUGCCUUUUACGUGGCAAGAGAGUGAGAACGACGCGAAUAUUCUUAGGGAUAACUUGGAGAACGCCGUGAGACAGCUCACGAUCGAGCAGAGGGUAAUAACGGCGUUACAUGGCGGUCAGGAGAAAAGUGAGGAAACGAUACGAGAUCCCACGGGAAUCGCAGAAGACGAGUCGAUCGUCAACAAGUCGUCCAAGGGGGGUGAAGAGAUUCAGGAGGAGAUGGAGGAGGAAGAAAAGGAGAAGAAACUUGUCGAAGCCAAUGAGGAACGGUCCGAAGAGAGGAUAGAUGUCGCGGACGGCACAACGAAUGAAGAUGCGCCGGAAGUCGUGGAAGUUAACGGUUCUUACAACUGUGAGACGGAUGCCGGGGGUGGUGGCGAUGACUAAGUUUCUAGGGAACGUUUAUGCGAUAAACGGCGGUCCAUAAAUUCACGUUUUGUUUGCUCGAAGACACGGCUCUUCGCCGUGGGACACCGAUAAAUAUCCAAGUAUUUUAACAUAAAUUACAAACGGAAGAGUGCCCAAAGUUUUUAGAUUCGCAAGACUUGCUGUCAUAUAUAUGACUACUUCCCAACGUUUCAAAUCUACUUAGUUCGAUAGAUAUAAACGUCCAUUUAUAGGUAACGAGAUGAUUCAUAUGAAUUGUAAUGGUCAAUGAUAUAACAUUACUUUUGAAUUAUUAUCGACGGUACGUUAAACAUGUGGCAACUCUACGACACACACACAGCGAUAUUGUACAAGGUUUCAGUUAUACGUACUAUGUAAUAACGAUAUGUGUAUAUAUCGUACCAUGUGUAAUGGGGAGCUGCAUUCUUCGAGCGAUAGAAACGAAGGAAGAGAGAGACAAAGAUAGAGAAUAUUUUAAGAGAUUUCAACAUUAUGACACCGCGUUCGUGCGAGGCUUCAAUGAUCACAUACGCGGAAUCAAAAUUCCUCGUAUGAUUCCUCAUAUCAGACUCUUUUCAAAACGUGAAAAAUCUCAGGUAUCGCGAUUAGCUACGUACCUUUGAGUUGCCAAUGUUAUAUCUCGUUAAAGUCUAUCUUGUAUCGUUCUCAUAUUAUGUUGGUAAAUAUAUAAUUUAAAAAGAAAAGGAUCAUCGAUGUUAUUAAUGAUCAUCGUCGUAAAAAUGCGUUCGGAAAGGCGUUUGCUUAUAUAUAUUCAAAUCUUUCUAAAUAAAUUACAUGAAAUUGUCAUAUUGUAGUGAUUGACCAUUUAUAUCUAUACACGUUGUCUCCAUUUGUUCCAUGUUUCUCGUCUACUUCGCUCGUCUACUUAUUAUUGAUAGCGAAUACAUUGCGCGGUGUAUGACGACGUAUAAUUAUUGCAAGGUUACGUAUUAGCGUUUUCUACAUCGUUAUCGAGUUGCGUAACUCGCAAAUUUUAUGUAUUGAUUUCUAGCUAUUUAAAAUAUAAAUAAAUAAACUUUAUUGUGCGAGAGGAGAGGCAAGGGGGGGGGGAUGGAAAGAAGAAUUUAGACUUGACUGUUCUGUGAAUUUGUAAGUCUAAAUCGUCACGAGAACGGCGGAGGGCGGCGGCUGCAUGCUAAUUCUCAUCAAACGCAAAGAUCUGGAAGUCUGAGGGGUGACUCAAACUGUGAUUAUAAUUUUCGUGUAUAAAGUAGAAUUUCGAAAGAAAAAUACGACGAAGCCUCGUGCGAUCUCGACACGCUUUUCUCAAAUAUAAUAGAAGUAACUUGCUGUGUCGGUGCAAAUAUAAAUUGCGUGCGAGUUUUUGACACAAGUUGAUCAUGUUAAUCUUUUACAUUCCUCAAUGUAUAAUAUAUUCCUCAAUUCUAUAAGUUAUAGAUUACAUACAUAUAUCUAAAUAAUUUUGUCACCAAAAAAAAAAACGCUUUACUUCUUGAUUGCGAAAGAGUUAAAAGUACAAUUUUCCGUACGUUUCAUGCACCGUCACAGCAAUUACCUUAGCGUGCGAGUUAAUAAUAAUGAUAAUAUUAAUGAUAAAAAUAGAGCAUAAUUAAUAUUAUUAUUAAUAAUAACGAUUAUACAUAUAUGAAUAUGAAUACGCGCAAAAAAAAAAGAGAGUCCGAUCGGAUCAGCUCCGUUCCCAAGGAAUUCCGAGAUCCUAGAUAGCCACUAUUUGUAUAAUUUUUUCUACGUUUCAUAGAUGACUUAUCGAUAAAUACGAGACGGGUAACCUGUAAGAAAUCCGGUUCCGAAUUUGGGAACGGAGUCGGAGCGACCGUGUGACUCUUUUAAGGCCCCCUUUUAAAUCCCUCAUUUAUUUUUGAUUUUGAUAUUACACGGGGGCCAGCUGUGAUACUUUACUCAAUCUACACUUACACCCUGGUCGUGGUACCAAAUAUAGUGUCUAGGCCAUUGUUGACGGCGAUAGAACUUGACAAACUCCAUUUAUCUUUUGCACGUUGCGUUAUAUCGAAAUCGAUUAUUACAAUCGAACAAAGAGAAAGAGAGAGAGAGAGAGAGAGAGAGAGAGAGAAGAGAGAGGGGGGGGGGCAGAGAGAAAGAGAGAAAAUGCUUAUAUUCAGUGUUUCGCGUUGCGCGAACAAUCGAUUCGGUUGAAAUCGUCGAUGGAGAUCCGGGUGUUAACGAACACGCGGUAUCUAUUUUCGUAACUGUUUGUUCAGUUCAUCUGAAAUAUCUCAGUUAGUACCGAAUUGGAUAUAAGAAAUAAAUCAAACUCACAUAUGAAUUUAGCAUUCUCGAUCUUAAGAUUACAAGUUGGAUCGCUUAUAUCUUAAUUCUUUCCGCAGUAAGCUAUAGAUGUAGAGAUAGAAUUGGCCAUUACGGAAAACUCAAACAUCUCAGUUAUACUUGAUUGUGUCAAUUAAAGUAUCUAGAGAAACAAACAUUAUUUAUUACAACCUUGUCGUUUCGUCAUCACGCGAUGACUCGAUAUCAAAAUAACAAAUUUCAUGUACAUCUCUCGCUCGAUAAUUUCGACAUGGAGAGAAUUUUCUCUUGAAAUUUACCUUAAUUUUAAUGUGAUAGUCGUGAACAAUAUGAACUUUGAAAGAGUUUAGGAAAAUUCUUCAAAGUCCAUGUCCCGCGAUUACCAUAAUUUUGAAGGGUGGGUAAAUUCUAAAAGAAUUUUCUCUUCAUGAAAUCGCAAUUAUAAAACUUUGAUACGAUUGUGAUACGAUCAAAGUAAUCUCUCGUAUUGCAAUAUUUGCAAUAAGUUUUAUAUAUAACUGUAAUAAAAGCAACGUACUUUGGAGAUGCUGUUCAAAGCAGAAUACUCCAAUACAUGUAUCGCACAAUUGGGUUUUUCGCAAUGGUCUCAGUAUAUAUCUGUUACAAAGGUUUAAGGAGGUUCUCUACUUUUUUUCACAUAAUUUAAAAAAUUAGAUCAAAUUUUGAGAAUAAGUUUAUACUCGAUAUAAUACAGGCAUUCCUGAUUCUCUUUUCAAAAUUUUUUACUGUAAAAUUUUCUUUAAAUAAUUUUCUAUAAUUGAGCAUUGAGUCUUAGAAAAAGAAGAUUUUUGAAUAAUUUAAUCGCAAACAAAAUAUAAGAAUAAAUUAUUUUACAUCUUAAUCAUUUGUUUUUUACCUCUCUUUCAGGUUCUUUUUUUGUUUUGUCAAAGUCGCACUUGAAAUCUAUCAUUAUUUAAAAAAUUUUUAAAAACCCAUAUUAAUAAGAAAUACCAUUUUGAAAUAAAAAACAAUUAUAUUUUACUGUGUCAUUUUCGUACUGAGUAUGAAAUGUUCAUAAAUUAUAUAAUUCUCUUUAAAUGUGACGUCACACUAGUAGAAAUAAGACAACAUUUAUACUUUUAAACUUAAUCAUUAUGAUAAAUUAUAAACAAAUCUUUUUCAAUUCUUUCCACAUCAAUAUUAUUAACGUUACAAAGAAAAUAUUUUUAAAUAAGGAUUAUCAAAAAGAAUUAUCAAAAGACAUGUAUGAAUGAAAACUUGUAUACAUUAUUCCCUUUUACUUUUCUAAACUCGAGAACCUCCUUAGGAAAGACACUUGUUCAACUUUCUUUCGCUUCAGCUGCAAUUGUUAAGUCAAUUAAUUUUCUCUAUGACGAAAGAGAGAGAGAGAGAGAGAGAGAGAGAGAGAGAAAGAGAGAAUUUUUUUUAAUACCUUACGCACAAUAUUAACACAAUUAAUUUGAUAGGGAUCGUGUCAAUGAAACAAUCGUCCUCAAAGAGACUCUUUAAGGCUCUUUAUCGACUUUUUCCAGAUUUUCAAGAUUAAAUGAAAGGUUUACCAUUAUCAGUGUUUAAUAGCACCUGUUCAGUGCACCUGUUUUGCUUACUGUCAAAUCGUCGCGACGGAAAGUUAUUCCGGAGGGGAAAUUAUUACAAGCGCGAAAGAGAAAAAAAAAAACAACGAACUUAUUUCUACACGCUACUCUAUACCAGAGCCUGUACGUAGCACGCUAAUUCUAGCGCUGUGUUAAUCAGUGUCUCGCGAAUUAGGCCUAAACCUAAAAUCCGCCUCAAGAGGCAUACGAUACGUACUGUAAAUACAUAUGUCACACCAAGAGAAACGUACUUCUUGGUACUCGUGGCUAUAAUUGAGUGUUGAAAUACUUAUGGUUAGGAGCUCCAUUUUUUCUAGUUGUAUCACUGCUAUACCGUUAGCAAUAACAGUGCAAUGUAUUGCACUGUUAGAAAAAAAAAUAAUUGCAGCUAUGAUAAUUUAAUAUAAUUGGCACGAAAAAUGAUAAAAAAUUAUAGUUAUUAUCGAUAUUAACUGUAUUUAAAUAAUGGUAAUCGCAAUAAUUUUUUGUAGCCCGUUGUUACUAUAAAAAUGGAGCUGAGAUCAGCAGAAUCAUUGCAACAUUCAAUUAUUGUCUCGAGUAUGAAAGACUUUUCUCUCGGUGCAUUCCUGUCUCCUUCUCGUGCACGUUGCGCCUUUUAUUGCAACAAAGAAAAAGACCUUUAUCUAGAACAACCGCAAUUAAACCUCAGUCCUACGAUCUGCGAAAGUUGCGAGGAGCGGAGUAAUUGUGUUGCCGAUGUAAAACGUCUCGGAUCUACCUGUUGUACAGAGCGAUCGAUCACACGAAGAGGAGAAUAAUAUUCGAUGACGUAAUAUCUUCCUCUUCUUUUUUUUUAUCUAUCUCCGAGCGAGAGGAAAUGAAUCGCGAGCAUCGAUAGUUUUGUGAGAAAUGGACGAUUGGAAGCUGGAUAAAAGAGCUUUGGAUAAUAAAUGGGACAAACAAAUAUGAUUUUUCCAA